ACCGACGCUGUCUCCAGCUAUGUGGCAGGAGAGGAGGGGUGGUGGUAGUGCGGCACAACAGCACGAUUGUUUCCUUCUUCUUCUGCUGCUCCUUCAGUCGUGGAGUUGAGAGCCAGGACAGUACACACAUUUCGCAGCAGCUCAAGACGGAACAGUGGUAUUACUGAUUUCUAGCUGCAGUGGCAGAGCGUCUGCAGCCUAGCCCAAAGGAAGAAGGACAUAGGAGGAGUUUGGAAAGUAAACAUCUCUCAGCUUGACUCAUGCUCACAACAGUGCAGACUGCCUUGGCUGCCUCACACCCGUCUUCAGUCCCCCUCACACCCUGGUGAAGACACGAGUAGGACUUUGGAUGCAGGCUGUAUGUUGGCUGCUGUGCCUCAGCCUGGCAGGGGCAUCUGCCGUGGUCCACAAAGACCAGGUGGCCCAGCAUGCCGUCAAGCUCUAUCGAAGUAACAGGGCUGCACACGGGCAGAGCUGGGUGGCUGGUAACUGCAAGCGGCUGGUGGGCCUCCUACGUCAGAAAAAUGUGGUUUUCAAGAAGCUGGAGGCUGCUGCCGAUGCUGUUGGGAAAGACCGGAGCCUUUCAGAGACUGAGAAACACUUCCAGGUUCACACUCUGGAGGUUUUGCAGAAAGAGCUGAAUGAGAGCGAGCACCUCGUGUUCCAGGCGUUGCACAGCCUGCAGAGAGCGCUACAGGGAGACUACAAGGAUGUGGUCAACAUGAAGGAGAGCAGCAGACAAAGGCUGGAGGCCCUCAGGGAGGCAGCCAUAAAGGAAGAACAGGAGUACGUGGAGCUGGUGGCGGCUGAGAAGCAUCAGCAGGAAGCUGUUAAAAGCGCUUUGGCCCAGAACAAGACUCUGUCCAUCCUGGAUGAGAUCCUGGAGGAUGUCAGGAAGGCAGCCGACCGACUUGAGGAGGAGAUCGAAGAGCACGCCUUUGACAACAACAAGCAGAUGAAAGGAGUGAAUGUAGAGGCCGUGCUGAGAGUGGAAGACGACGAAGAGAAUGGAAGCAAGAGGAAGAACAAGUCCAGGCAAAAGGAAGUGGAGGAUGACCUGGGACUGAGCAUGCUCAUUGACUCGCAGAACAACCAGUAUGUUCUGACUAAACCGCGAGACUCAACAAUGCCGAGAGCCGACCACCACUUUAUCAAAGACUUGGUUUCAGUGGUGAUGUUGUCUCUGCCCUGUGGCUGGAUUUGCACUCUGGCGGGUCUUCCUCCCAUGUUUGGAUAUAUCAUCUGCGGGGUCCUGCUUGGUCCUUCUGGGCUCAACAGCAUCAAGUCUAUGGUUCAGGUGGAGACUCUCGGGGAGUUGGGUGUGUUUUUCACUCUCUUUGUGGUCGGACUGGAGUUCUCACCUGAGCGCCUCAGAAAGGUAUGGAAGAUUUCAGUUCAGGGUUCCUGCUCUUUGAGUCUGCUGAUGGUAGGAGCCGGUUUGCUGUGGGGACAAGUCCUGCAUAUUCGACCCACCCAGACUGUCUUCAUCUCUACUUGUUUGUCCUUGUCCAGCACUCCACUGGUGUCCCGCUUCCUGGCAGGAGGAAGCAGAGGAGAUAAGGAAGCUGAGCUGGACUACAGCAGCGUUCUCCUUGGGAUGUUGGUGAUGCAAGAUGUUCAGCUCGGCCUCUUCAUCGCUGUCAUGCCGACUCUGAUCCAGGCACAAAGUGGAGAGUUGGACGGCUUCCUGUAUGGCAGCCUCCACGUGCUCUAUCUCCUGGCCCAGGUCCUGGUGUCGCUGGCUGCUGUGCUGCUGCUCUGCUUGCUCUUCAGAUCAUUCCUGAUUGGCCCCUUUUACAAGAAGCUUCACACUGAGAGCAAAGGCAACAGGGAGAUCCUGGUGCUGGGGAUGGCAGCUUUUGUCUUUUUCAUGCUGACAGUAACUGAGGUGCUGGAUGUUUCCAUGGAGCUCGGUUGUUUCCUGGCUGGAGCUUUGCUGUCCUCACAGGGUCACAUGGUCACAGCAGAGGUCAUGGGAUGCAUCGAGCCGAUCAGAGACUUCCUUGCCAUCAUCUUCUUUGCUUCUAUCGGUUUCCACGUGUUCCCGACAUUUGUGCUGUAUGAACUCACCAUCCUGCUGGCGCUAACUCUCACACUCGUCAUUAUGAAGUUUAUGAUGGCUGUACUCGUGCUGUCAGCAAUCUUGCCUCCAGGGUCUCGGCACAUACAGUGGAUCGUCUCUGCUGGCCUCGCUCAGGUCAGCGAAUUCUCCUUCGUCCUGGGCAGUCGUGCGCGUCGAGCUGGCAUCAUCUCCAGAGAGGUGUACCUGCUGGUCCUCAGCGUCACCACUCUCAGUCUGCUGCUGGCUCCGCUGCUCUGGAAGGUUACCACACACAGAUGGGUUCCCCGCACCGAACGCAGACCAGUCACAUGACCACACUGACUUCAGCGCCAAAGGGUUCUCGUUUGAGUUUUGCAGAAAUAACAGUGGCAUAACAAGAAGUUUUAUUUAUGCAGGACCAAAUCUCCCUCUUUUUCUUCUUCUUCUUCUUCUUCUUGUACUGACUCAAUCUGCUGCUUUAGAGGAGAGUGACUUGAGGUCCUUAAUCAAAGCCUGCUUCUGACUGUUAAAAAAGCCUUCAUUACAGUUUCUCCAUCCUAGGUAUGGUCCAAAUUGGUGUAACAUGUAGUGUAUGUGCUAGAUAAACUAUACUGUAUUUUAAUAUCACAUGCUGAAAUAGUUUUACAUGUAAUCUACAGAACCGCAACAUCACUGAACCGCUUUGAUUUUCUGGAAACAUCUGUAAGGCUCGGUGGUGUCUGCUACUUACAAAAAACCUUUGAUAGAAAGCACAUGUUUUGAGGAGAAGCACAACAGAUAAGAGAUCCUUUACGCUGUGACGCUUUUGAUGUCAGAAAUGCCUUUCUUCUUAUUUUCAGACACUUGUUUCAUCAGUCAUUCUGUCACUUAUGCAAUUUGAACCUUAGAUUUGCCUCCUCCAUGUAGAAAUCACAUGACAGUUCAACACAUCUCCAUAUAUUGUUUUGUGAUCUUAUGAAUAGGUGAAAUAUUUGGGAAGUUUUUUUUUUUGUAUUAUGUAAAACGACCUCCGGCGUUCUUCUAGAUGACUAUAUUACUGUUCACUUUGUCUUCUUCGGCUCUUGGUUAUCGUAGAUGACAGAUUGUGCUUCUGACUGACGUAAAAACCUUCUGUGUGCUGUAUUUAAUCAGAAGUGGGUUAUUCUGAUCAUCGUGCUACUGUGAAUUUUGCUAUAAUAGCACUCUCUGAAGACUGUAGUUUGUUACUCUUUUUUCUUGGCAAAUGUCAGAACACCGUGGUAGGUCACACUACUAACAAACUCAGAAGGUAGAUAAUGAAAUACAUGAUUUUAGGAGCAGAAAUGCAUCAGACACUAAUGACAACUCUUCGCUGACGUUACGUUUGAAUACAAAAUGCACUAGUUAACCCUGAAUGUCAAACUUAUGUGCCUGCUCAACACUUCUCUGCACUAAAAACAAGACUUUGAGGAGUGUAUUCCUGCUCAUCUUGUGCUGUAAGUGUCUUAUCUUCCAUAAAGUGCAAUGUAAAUGUGUGUCCAACAGCCAGGUUACUGAAUAUUUUAAUAUGAUUCUCAGAUACUGUUUCUUUCUUUUCUGUUUACAUACAUGUGUGUUGGUGGUCAUGGCAGACACUACAAGUCAUAAAGAAGUGCUGUUUUCAUUCAUGAUUGUGUAUUUCUAAACUGCUAAAUUCAUUUUAUUUAUUAAAAAGAAGAUGACAACAAAGAA